CAUCGCUGCCCGCGGCUCGUCACACUGAGGAUGGAAAGGAGGAUGAACUUGACCAGCGCCGCAGACAUUUUCCACAAAACUCUCAGCGCGGUGUCCACGAAAAAAAUGGACGCGUUUAGGUCCGGCAUUGAGUUGCAAGCAAGAGACCGCCAGUCGCCGAUCAGCUGCUUCGACCAGAGUGACCCGGACCCCAUCCAGCCUGGAGGACUGGCAGGCGUGAGAGGGGCUCCGCUCGGGCUGCCCACCGGAUCUUUGUGCGUCAAGUUCGGAGAGAGCGCCAACAGGACGUCCGCGGCGGAGAGCAGCGGCGGGGAGCAGAGCCCGGACGAUGACAGCGACGGUCGCUGUGACAUGGUCCUCCUGACCGACUCCAGGAACGGGGCCACAGGGAAAGCAGAGGGAGGUAAGAAAACCAAAGAGCAGAAAAUGCUGCGAUUAAACAUCAACGCGAGGGAGAGACGGAGGAUGCACGACCUGAACGACGCGCUGGACGAGCUCAGAGGGGUCAUCCCGUACGCGCACAGCCCGUCCGUGCGCAAACUCUCCAAAAUCGCCACUUUGCUGCUCGCCAAAAACUACAUCCUCAUGCAGGCGCAGGCGCUGGAGGAGAUGCGGAGGCUGGUGGCCUAUCUGAACCAGGGCCAGGCAAUAUCCGCCGCCUCCAUACCCGCCACCACCGCGCUCGCUGCUCCCGGACUGGGCGCUUACGAGCAGCCGCCCGGAUACCCCCCCUUCCCCACGGGGGUCGGUGCCUCCACUUGCCCCGACAAAUGUGCUCUUUUCAACAACUCCAGCCUCUGCAAACAGUGUACUGACAAGCCUUAACCCGGACUCUGAUGUACAGACACUUUAGAAAACAAAUCGUCCAAGUCAGUAGACUAGAGACACCGACGAAUACUUUUAUAAUAUUUAAAAGACGCAUUCGAACUUUUUUUUGUUAAAACAAUACUUGAUUGUGUAUAUAAAUCAUCCUUGAAGUGCUGGUGUGAACGGCCGAACACGAACUGGGCCUGCAAGAGAAGGACUCACUCUUCAGGACUCCGUGAUCUCUGUGACCUGACAACUCGGGACUUUUCCACUUUCAACCAUCAAAACUCGCUCACUGCUGCUUUCCCGUUCAUCUGCUGGUUUUUAUCACGACCCAGUUGACGGACUCUCGAUGGUUUCGGGCCUGUUUGUCCUGACUGCUUUUGUUGUGGAAUGUCACAAAGGGGAACUUUAAAGGUUGACGCGAUAUUUAUGUGUGAAUAGUUGCGCACUACUAUCGUUAUUCUCUUUUCUCAUACUGUGAUUAAAAUAAAAUCUCAGACGACUUUAGAAAACACGAGCCACGUUUUGAAUCCAGUGUCUUUUGUAAUCAGUAUUUCUUUUUGCUUGCAUUGCACCUUUGUCUUUAAUUUAUCUGAAUUGUCAGUGUAGAUACUUGAGUCAUAAUAAGAGGAACGUUUGUAUGUACUGAAGUGUUGGAAAGAUUUAUUAAAAAUAUUUUGAACUACUUCUGAUUAAAAAAUCGCAAAGGCUUUAAACAUCAAGAAACAUUUCAUUUAUAAAUUAAACAUUUCGUUGUCAGUGCAAUUACAAAAUAAAUUUCACAAUUUAUACGGAAAUUGCUGAUCAUGCUUUUCUUCUUGUUGGGAACUAGAAUUCAACGUCAAGAUAAUUCCGACGUGAAAGCAGCAGUUUGACUUGUAAACAGCAGCGUCUGACUGUUCUACCUGACACCCAAUAAUGAAACGCAUCAUUAAAGCAAUUAAAGCUGC